CUCGACUUUUCGGAUCUCAUGGAAGCUUGGUUAAAGCGCAGCCAGCUCAUUUGUAGACUCGAAUGUCAGCGGUGCACAAGCGCGGAACGGAUCUAAGACAGCGGCUAAAAAACCAAAACUCCAUCGCUCCCCCAGCCAGGACAAUCCCCACUCAUCGCCAUGGACUUUGAUGAGUUUCGCGAGUUCGGCCACGCCUCCAUUGAAUUUAUUAUCAACUAUCUGAGCGGUAUUCGUGAGAGAGAUGUCCUGCCCAGCGUGGCUCCGUAUAGCGUGAUCAAUCAGCUGCCCAAGGAAAUACCAGAAAAGCCAGAGCACUGGCGCGAGGUGCUCAAAGAUCUGGAGCACAUCAUCCUACCCGGACUCACACAUUGGCAGUCUCCGUACUUCAAUGCCUUCUUUCCAUCCUCCUCAUCGGCAGGAUCAAUCGUGGGGGAGCUGCUGAUUGCGGGCAUUGGAGUCUUAGGCUUUAGUUGGAUUUGCAGUCCCGCCUGCACGGAGCUGGAAGUGGUCGUUAUGGACUGGCUGGCCAAGUUCCUCAAGCUGCCCGAGCACUUCCAGCAUGCCAGCGAUGGGCCUGGCGGUGGUGUCAUCCAGGGCUCAGCGAGCGAGGCCGUGCUGGUGGCUGUGCUGGCCGCACGGGAGCAGGCGGUGCUCAGCUGCAAGGAGACGCAUCCCGAGCUGAGUGAGAGCGAAGUGCGGGGCAAGCUGAUAGCCUACUCCUCCGACCAGAGCAACAGUUGCAUCGAGAAGGCGGGAGUGCUGGCGGCCAUGCCCAUUAAGUUGUUGCCAGCCGACGAGGACCUCAUUCUGCGCGGCGAUACGCUGAGGAAGGCAAUCGAGGAGGAUGUGGCCGCUGGACUGAUACCAGUCAUAUGCAUUGCCACCUUGGGCACCACAGGGACGUGCGCCUACGACGACAUCGAAUCGCUGGCCGAUGUCUGCCAAGCCUCGAAGGUGUGGCUCCACGUGGACGCAGCCUACGCCGGGGGUGGCUUUGCCCUGGAAGAGUGCGCGGAGCUGCGCAGGGGUCUGGAUCGCGUGGACUCGCUGAACUUCAAUCUGCACAAGUUCAUGCUGGUUAACUUUGACUGCUCGGCCAUGUGGCUGAGGGACGCCAACAAGGUGGUGGACAGCUUCAAUGUGGAUCGCAUUUACCUGAAGCACAAGCACGAGGGCCAAUCGCAGAUACCGGAUUUUCGCCACUGGCAGAUCCCCCUUGGUCGCCGUUUCCGUGCCCUCAAGGUGUGGAUUACUUUCCGCACGCUGGGCGCCGAAGGACUGCGCAAUCACGUCCGCAAGCACAUCGCUCUGGCCCAGCAGUUCGAGUCAUUUGUGAGGAACGAUUCGCGUUUUGAGAUGGUUGCCCCCCAAGCACUGGGACUGGUCUGCUUCCGUCCCAGAGGGGACAAUGAGAACACAACGCAGCUGCUGCAGCGACUCAUGGAGCGCAAGAAGAUCUACAUGGUGAAGGCCGAGCAUGCGGGGCGCCAGUUCCUAAGAUUUGCCGUUUGCGGCAUGGAUGCCAAGCCAUCCGACAUUGAGUUUGCCUGGACAGAGAUCGAGUCGCAGCUGACGGCGCACCUGGCUGAGAAAUCGCUGGCUGAAGUCGCCCGGAAACCCUCCAAUGUCUCUGACCUCACGCAGCACUUUCAGAUGCAUCUGGCCAGUGAUGGCGGCGGCACCCAUGAGAAGUCGCAGUGACGGGCAUAGCGCCCGGAUUUAUAUACAAUUGAACUAUUUAUGUUUAGGAUGUCCUUAGUUUGCUUUGUAGUUUUUAGCAAUAAAUUCACUUUAAUUUUGAAAA